CGAUUUGGGCUCAACGCCCAAAGGAUUCCAGGUCAAUCUGUCAGUUGUCUGCUGUACACACCCUUGCGCCGGAUGUUCAGCAUGAAGCGUUUGCUCUGUGCACGCAUCUUGGCUGGUGCAAUAUUCUUGCGACAACUCCUCUGUGCCGCUGCGGUUCGCGAUUCUGGUUACAAGGAGCUCUCAGACACACUCUCCACGGUACCGGAGGAGAUCGGAUGCACCCCGUCCGAGUCCACAGAGUGGUUCAACAAGUUGCUCGGGGGCCUCUGGCCAUACGUGGACGACAUGGUCCAGAACAUCCUUGCUGACAGGGUAGUUCCAGCAAUCCAGGAGGCAAUUCCGCACGAGGGCUUUUUCAACAUACAGAAAAUGCUGGACUUCAAGUUUGAGCAGUCAUACCUCGGCACCCGCCCUCCUCGCCUCAGCAACUUCGUAAUGUGUACCGCGAAUGAUGGUGUGAAGCUCACAGCGGAUAUGGAAUUCAAGUCUGACAUUGAUUUUGCGGUGAAAACUUCGUUGCUUUCACUUGGUCUGCAUGAUCUUAGCAUCAGUGGCAAGGUUGUGGUUCAUUUCGGCCAAUUCAUCACUGAGGUACCUCUUGUCGGUGGAGUGACCGUCCACUUUGUCGACCCCCCACAGAUCGAUUGGGACUUGACAGGCGCAGGGGAUUGGCCCUGGGUGGAUGGCAUCGUCCGCAGCGCGGUUGACUCUGCCAUUGCUGGACUCGCUGUGAUGCCGAAUUUGAUAGUUGUACCGCUUGGCCGGGAAGAUCAAGGAGUGGACUUGUCUGCAUUGAAGUCACCACCACCUCUGGGCUUGCUGCAGGUAGCACCGGUGCAGGCAGCAAACCUCAGGAUGUCAGACGUCAGUCUGGGAUUGGGCUUGCUCAAUAAAGCCCCAGAUCCUUUUGUUACCUUGAAGGUGGGAGAUCAGAAAUGGAAGUCCAGCAGGAACGACAAUAAUGCAAAUCCAACUUGGAAGGGCGAGGGUGCUCUCUUUACAAUUUGGGGCCGUGACCAGUCCUUGGUGGCGGAGGUGUUCGACCACGACCACCUUACAGGGCAUGAUUUUCUUGGACUCACGACUGUUGCCGUGAAGGAGGCCUUGGCUCAUCCAGGCGCGGCCUAUCCGCUUUCAUCGCGAAAGGGGCAAGGCACAGGCUCCUCGCUGGAAUUGGCCUACCAAUGGCUUUGUAUAAUGCCAGGCAAGCCUUCCCUGACGCGGCCAUCUGUCCUGAGGCUUGAGGUCGACAAGCUUGUGUUUCCCGCCGGUCAGAACCACCCUGUUCAAGUGGUUCUGACAGCUGCAUCUGCAGUUUCGCCACACGGGGAGAGGAAGACGACGACGGCGUUUUACAGCGACAUCCAGAGAUCUCUCAAGGUUACCCCAGUCGGUGCCAAACUCAUGGAACUUCUGAGGAUGGACAAGGUUUCUAAGGAAGAUGUCAUGUACGCCACGGGCUUGGAUGAGGCGGCGGUCGACGAGGCCGUGAGCACCAUGAACGCUAAUGAAGGCAGAGCGAGCCGCGGGGAGAUCGACAUUCACUCCACCCUGUACAUGCCCUUCUUCCCCGACGCCAUCAACGUGAGACCGUCGGGAGGUGCCAGCGGCGAAGAAGGUGGCGUGACGCUCGAGGUAAAGACCAAGAAGGCCUCGCUGGGGUCCAUCCGCGUCGAACUCGGCGCGGUGCCGGAGGUGCAGACUGGCGCGAUCGAGUUCGGGUGGGUGCCGCAGUACACCAAGACGGUGCUGAAGAUCAACGAGGGAUCUGCCCACGAGGUGAUUCUGCACGUCAGCAUGAACAUGCUGGCCACCGAGGCGGGCGGCUGCGGCAAGCCGUGA